AUGGAGCGGGGCGCGGGAGCCAAGCUGCUUCUGCUGCUGUGGGCGACGUGCUUCGGGCGUGCAAGAGCAGAUGCGUCAAGCGGCUACACAUUGGUCAUCGAGGUAACCAACGGGGGGCCCUGGGGCGACUGGGCCUGGCCAGAGAUGUGUCCUGACGGAUUCUUCGCCAGCGGGUUCUCGCUCAAGGUGGAGCCCCCCCAAGGCAUUCCUGGCGACGACACGGCUCUGAACGGAAUCCGGCUGCACUGCGCGCGCGGGAAUGCGGAGCUCAACACGCAUGUGGUGGAGUCCCAGUCUGGAAGGUGGGGCGCGUGGAGUGAGCCGCUGUGGUGUCCCGGCGGCGGCUUCCUGGUGGCUUUCUCGCUUCGCGUGGAGGCCCCCGUGACCCCCUGGGACAACACGGCUGCGAACAACGUGAGCUUCCGCUGCUCCGACAGCACGGAGCUGCAGGGGCCCGGUCUAUCCUGGGGAGACUUUGGAAACUGGAGUGAGCCUUGCCCUAAAGGAGUGUGCGGCUUGCAGACCAAGAUCGAGCAGCCUAGAGGCCUCCUCGAUGACACCGCUGUUAACGACGCGCGCUUUUUCUGCUGCCGCAGUUGA